GGAUCGACCUCUCUUUCUCACCCAUCCCUGCAUCCAUAGACACGCAGCCAAAACAGAGGGAUGUCACAGCUGAAAGAAAACCAGUCCUCCUCCAUCUGCAUGAAAAACAAGCAGUGUGCAGCCAUUCUUCAAACUUACGCACCGGGUAUUUACAGUUUUUACGCUCCGUCCGGAGACAAAUUAGUCCCAUUUCGGGCCUGCUGACUAUUUGUUACCCGUCAUCUCUCUGUUGGUGGUAAUAAUGCUCCCCAGCCCGCUCAUAACUUCUCCUACCACGCCUUUCUCCGUGAAGGAUAUUUUGAAGUUAGAGUUGCAGCAACAAUCUCAACAGCACCCUAUUCAGUAUUUCUCCUGCUUCGGACUCUCGGGUGCGCUGUCACAACAGGGAACUUUCCCAAAUAAACCCUUCCGCUCUCAUUCGCCCCCCUCCUGCAUGUUGGCCGGGAGGGACAGUCCGAGUCCCACUAGCUCUGUACUCUCUGAGAGCGAGGACAGGAUGUCGUACCUCAGCACAAUGCCUGCACAGGACCGGCUGCCGGAGUCCGGGCUGCCGGGGGAGAUGUUCGGCAGCCCGGCGCAGAACCACUCCUCAGAGCUCCGGCUGGAGAUCGAGCAGGAGGACCAAGAUAGCAAGAGCUGCGGGCUGUUACGGGUCGAGUGUGAGGACCCGGACUCCGAGAAGCCGGCCACCAAGCAGCAGAGGACCAGGAGGAAACCCCGCGUGCUCUUCUCCCAAGCUCAGGUGUUUGAGCUGGAGCGGCGCUUCAAGCAGCAACGUUACCUGUCCGCCCCAGAGAGAGAGCACCUGGCCAGCUCCCUGAAACUCACCUCCACCCAGGUCAAGAUCUGGUUCCAGAACAGGAGAUACAAAUGCAAGAGGCAGCGGCAGGAUAAGAGUCUGGAGAUGGCAGGUCAUCACCAUCACCUUCACCACCCACCGCCACCCAGGAGGGUGGCUGUGCCAGUGCUGGUCCGGGACGGGAGGCCGUGUCUGACUGGAUCCCAGAACUAUAACCCUUCUUACACAGUGGGAACUCCAACCCCGUACAGCUACAAUGGCUAUCCGGCAUACAGCUACAACAACUCGCUUUAUACUAACACUUACUCUUGUACUUAUUCGAGUUUGCCUGCUUUGCCACACAGCAACACCUCUGCUAAUGCAUUUAUGAACAUGAAUUUAGUACAGACGCAAAGCCAGGCGCCCCAAGCACCAGGCGUCACACCCUGCCAGGGAGCUCUGCAGGGCAUACGGGCAUGGUAAUGGUAGCGCAGGCUUUGCGCACGAGCACAGCAGCGAGAGACUUCAUCAGGGAGAUGGAUAAAUGGACUCAAGUAUGUACACCAGAUCAACAAAUGCUACGAAAGUACAAUUUAAAACUCUGUUAAAACAAAAGUGAAGGCCCGCCUGUAAGUCAAAGCAGGCCUAUGAGGAAACCCUAACUCAUUGACUGAUUAAACCAAAACAAUAUGCGCAUUUUUCCACGAAAGUAUUAAUAAAAAAAAUGAUUAAACCUGAUGUUGGAUAUUUGAUUGUCGGAUGUAUGUCGCAGAAGAGCAAAGACUGGGUGACGAUGCCUAUUUAGGCUCAAAUUGUUGUCUGUAUAAUGCAAUACAUAAUGGAUAAAUUAUAAUAAAGUAUAAUAUUAUAAUAAAUACAUACACAUGUAUUACAUGCAUAUGUUUUAUAGUCCAUAUUAAUUAUGGACUAUAAAACUAAGUAA